CAACCAUCAAGCUGCUGCUCAACACGGAGGCCUGGCCCUCAAAUGGACAAUGGACAAGCUCAAUCUGCUCACUGUAUCUAGCAGCCCGUGGUCAACUAUUCUAAAAGACGAGAAGGCGCGGGUCUGCGUCAAAGUCUGUCACCAUGAUGUCCCACCGCACAGUGGCAGCAGAGAGCUUGCGAUCCUGGCUUCACUGAAGAAUGCCCAUCCUAAUAUCUUACACUUGCUAUCUCACGACAGAAAAGAUGGUGCUAUUCGUAUGGAGCUUCCUCUAUAUGAUGAUACUUUGCUGCCCUUCCUCAAGGCUUCGCCUCAGUCAAUCCGUUCUACAGCCCAGCUGCUUGCAGGCGUGGCUGAUGGUCUUGCCUUCCUGCACGACUCUGGCAUCCUUCAUCGCGACAUCAACCCAAGCAACAUCUUGAUUCAGAAUGGAGAGCGCCCGCAAGCAGUCAUCUGCGACUUUGGCGUGUCAUGGCAGCCUUCUCAGCCUGGUUGUGAAAGCAAAGGUCAAUUGCUUUGCGAAGUGGGUACAGGCCCCUUUCGAGCGCCAGAGCUGCUCUUUGGUAUGCAAGACUACGACCAAUCCAUCGAUCUUUGGGCCCUCGGUACUACUAUCGCACAGGCCUUCCACCCAAACCAAGGGACGCUCUUCAAUCCAGAUCCGUCCGCGAGCGAUUUGCAGCUGAUUGCCUCCAUCUUCAAGACCCUUGGAACGCCAAGUCCAAACCUUGGUUAG